AUGGUGAUUUUGCGAUGUGCGGGUAAAGACGCAACUGACGAUUUCGACUCUGUCCAUUCGCUGGAGCUGUUGAGUGAAGCACUCCCUGAAACCGCGCUCGAAGGCUAUAUUGAUCCUGCUGAAUUUGAUACGCCAGAAGACAAACCGGCUGCGAUGUAUGAGAAGCAAUCAAAGCCAGCCGAUGAUGGUCUUCCGGUAUUGCAGAGUCUUAUCAAUCUGCAUGAUUUUGAACGCGUUGCUCAGAGGCUGCCUGCCACAACAUGGGCCUAUUACUCAUCCGGAGCCGAUGACGAGAUCAGCAAACUGAAUAAUGCCCUGGCAUAUCGAAAGAUUUCCCUUCGCCCACGUGUCCUGCGAAAGAUCCCGUCUGUGAAUACAACCACCGCAAUCUUAGGUUACUCUACCACGCUACCCGUAUAUGUCUCUCCAGUGGGUCUUGCAAAACUUGCCCAUCCACAGGGAGAGUGUGCUAUGGCAGCUGCAGCUGGUAAGGAUGGACUGGUCCAAGUUCUCGCAAAUGGAUCCAGCAUGCCGAUUGAACAAGUCAUGAAGAGUCGUACCUCACUGAACCAGCCCAUUUUCCAACAACUAUACGUGAACAAAGACAUUCAAAAGUCUGUUGAGACUGUACAGCGAGCUGAAAGAGCUGGUGCUAGUGCUAUUUGGAUUACGGUCGACUCGCCCAUGGUUGGGAAACGCGAGAUGGACGAACGGCUCAAUUUGAGGGUGACGGUAUGUACUCUUCCCGGUAGAUGCCAUUGGACUUUCAUUGUAUUUACUAACGUGUUCCAGGCUACCGACGACAAUGCAGAAGGACAGGGCGUAGCAAAGAUCAUGGCCAGCUCAAUAUCCCCUUUCAUCGACUGGGAGAUCCUCACAUGGCUUCGCCAACUGACAGAUCUCCCUGUUGUCAUCAAGGGAAUCCAAUGUGUGGAGGACGCCGUCCUUGCCUAUCAGCAUGGUGUGCAAGGCAUCGUACUCUCGAACCACGGAGGACGCUCCCAAGACACGGCACAAUCACCUCUUCUGACACUACUGGAGAUUCGAAAGUUCGCGCCUCACUUGAUGGAGAGCAAGUUGCAGAUCUUUAUUGAUGGUGGCAUUCGCCGAGGAACAGAUGUACUCAAGGCUAUUGCGCUAGGGGCAACUGCUGUCGGAUUGGGGAGACCCUUUUUGUUCAGUUUGUCUGGAUACGGUGAGAAGGGAGUGCGACGAAUGAUCGAUAUUCUACGACAGGAGAUUGAAACAAAUAUGGUUUUUCUGGGAGUGAGCAGUCUGGAAGAGUUGAGACCCGAAAUGGUGAAUACCAUUCGGUUGGAAAAACACUUGAUAGCCAGCGUAAAGCUAUAA